AUGCGUAACGAAGGAUUCGCAUUGACUUCAAAGUUGCCGCUACAAAUUAAUGUUUCAUCCUGUUGGACGGCAAAAAAUUGUCAGAAAAUCAUUCUACAAGCAACGGUUUUUCAUAAAAGGACAUCCGAUCUUUUAUUGAACGAAGAAGUGGCUAUAUAUCGAAAACGCGUCUCCUUGAAACGACUUCCUCAAUCACUUGUUACAUUAGUCGAUCAUACUAUUGAUCCUCUUCGAACAAUGCUUUCUCGACCUGGUUUGGACAACGAUCGACGUGCUACCAUAGCAUUACAUUGUUCGAAAACAAUUACUCAAUAUAAAUUCGAUUUAAUGGCUUUAACUAUUGCCACAGCCGAAGAUACUGCGCGAGCUCAUGCACAAAUAGCUAUCGAUGCAAAGAAAGAGUUGCGAUUACUUGAUGGUGAUCAACCACAGUAUUCUACAGAAGAACUGAUCAAGGCUAUUGACACUCGUGAUGAAAAUAUGCAGAAACGUGCUCAACAAUUCCUCGAUCAUCAAUUGCAGUCUUUUUUCGAGCAAGCUCCGAUGGGAAUCAACGACGAUGGCAGCAGCGUUCCCGUUGGAGCAAUACUGGAAGACAAACAGGCCUAUUUCGCUUUGAAAGAUCUACUCUAUCGGCUACAAACACAAAAUUUACCGAGUAGACUAUCAUUACGCGCUCGACGUGAACGUGCACUAGUGAAAAGUAUUCAAAAUCUAUUAUGCAAACGACCGGAUAUAAUCGUUCGUCGUAUAGACAAGAGCAAAGUAUUUUAUGUGAGCAAUGCUGUUGAUUUUGCACGCAAAGGUGCAGAUUAUAUGGUCAAAACCGAAGCUUAUCGAGAGGUAACCAGUGAAUAUUCCAUCAAAGGUCAUCUCAAACCAACGACAUUACUUGUGACUUUCGAUGUCACUAUUCUUUAUACGAUGAUACCACGUCAAGGUGCUCUGGAAGCAUUGAUGGGGUUUUGGGAGAAAUAUUCGAAACGUGGUCGAAUCGGCACUUUAUCCAUUAAUGAUAUCUUAAGAAUGGCUCGUCUCGUAUUGGAUACCAAUUGUUUUGCCUAUGAUGGCAAAUAUUAUCUACAAAUUCGAGGUGGAGCCAUGGGAUCAACUUUUACUCAAACAUUGGCCAACAUUUACAUGUUGAAAUGGGAACAACCAUUAGUCAAAUAUCAACAGUUGCGCAGUGAAAUCUAUGGCAGAUAUAUCGAUGAUGUCUUUAUGACAACCAAUUCAUCACGUAAUGGGAUUACAGCCGAAUUAGAAAAGGAUAAGACAUUGGAUCAAAAUAUCGAUAUCUCGUACACAAUUCAUUCGACUGUCGAGUUUCUUGAUGUUGCUGUGAAAAAUGACAAUGGGCAACUGACAACUUCUGUUUUUCACAAACCAGCUGCUGAACCAUAUAUUCUACCGUACACAUUAGACCAUCCUCGUCAUAUUCAUCGCAAUAUCCUAUAUGCUGCUUUACUACGUGCUGCUCGAAUUUCUUCCAAUGUCCAUGAUUUCACUAUGGAACGCAUUCGUAUUGAUAUGUCCUUGCUGUUGACCGAUUAUCCACCUACAUUUAUUUCCAUGCAUACCAA